AAAAGUAUAAACAUAGGAACUUUUACUAUCACUCGUGUGGCAUUAGGUUUAUCAAAGAAUUGCACUGAUGAUGAAAGCAACUGACAGAUGCAGUAAAUAGUGUGGGCGGAUAUUUAAUAAAUUCUCAUUUAUUCACGUCUUUUUCAAGUUUCACCCUUAUCUAAAAUAGCGGCCUGUGGAUGCUGUCAACCGAGAAAUAUUCACCGUACGUUUAAGAUCAUUUUAAAACAAUUACACACGAGAUUAUGGAAGAUACUACAGAAUCCCAAAAGUGGCAACAACGUUUGUGUUUAUUGCGGGAACAGUAUGUCAGUUUGUAUAAUGCAAAUGCAGAACUGCAACGUGAUUAUGCUAUUGCAACUGCGGAUAAACGAGAAAAUGGAUUUGUUGGUCGACUUUUAACAACGGUGGCAUCUUUGUACAAUCAACAUAAUUACAGUGACAUUACCAUUAAAUUAGCAGAUCAAGAAGUACCAGCUCACAGAUUUGUCCUGACUGCUCGCAGUGACUUUUUUGGUGAAUCUGUUCAUGCCGGUACGCCGGUACUAGACUGGAGCAGUCUAGAUACACGCGUAGGAUUAGUUUUAUUGAAAUGGAUUUACACGGGAAAGGUUUCCCAAGAAAAUUUAACGGUAGAUUUAAUGAGAGCUGCUUCGUCUUUUCAAUUAUCAGAAUUGAUCGAUCAAUGCGAAAAAUAUUUGAUUGGCAUUGCCGGUCUUAAAGAUUGCGUUCAAUUAUACGUAGCUGCUGAAGAAUUGGGCGUACAAAAUCUCAGAGAUCAUUGUAGUUCUUUGAUAUCCAUACACUGGGAAGACCUAACGGGAGAAGAUUUUAAAGAAUUACAUUGUUCUUUAGUGUAUAAAUUAUUACAAGCUAAAAGCAAAUACCCUUUACAUUCGGCAGUUCGUUUAUUAAGGGAGGACGUUGUAUUUUUGUAUUUAAUUGAAAAUAGUACAGAGCUUCCCAAGGCAGUCAAUGUAAUUGAUCAAAAAGGAGAAACUGUAUUGGAGAUAGCUCUAAAAGCACGACAACCCUCUUUGGCACGAACCUUAGUUGAACAUGGGGCAGAUCUUACUGCCAAAGAUUCAAGAGGUCUUUCUUUACUUCAAAAUGCUAUUUUAAGGGGUGACUCGUAUUCAGCUCAAUUCAUCAUCGAACAAUUGGAAAACAGUGGAAGUACACAGAAAUUAUGCGAACCUAUUAAAUUUAUCGAAAAUGCGAACAAUAUUGAUAAUUAUAAGGAAUUAGAAGGAUGCACUGUGUUGCAUUUAGUAACAAAACAUGACACUGAAAAUAUCGUAGCUGUUGCUUCUAAAUUAUUAGAAGCCGGUAUAGAUCCUAAUUUACAGGAUCACAGAGGAUGGACUGCUUUGCAUAGUUGCAUUUCGGAGAAAAACGAGCCAAUAUUUAAUUUAUUAAUUGAAUCCAAAAAUAUAAAUUUGGAUGCAAGAGAUAAUAAAGACGAUACUCCGUUAUGUUUAGCAAUGAAAAUAGAACCAUUCCAAUCAUUUUUUGCUAAGGAACUUUUACUCAGAGGAGCAAUACCUAAUCCUGAAUACAAGGAGACAGGGGACACUCUUCUACAUGUUUUAACCAGAGAAAAUAAAGAAGAAGCUGCCUUGUUUUUAACUGAAUAUUGCAAAGAUAGCUUAAUGAAAGCAAACAAUGACGGUUACACGAUUCUACACGAAGCUUGCAAAGUCGGUUUGAAACAAUUAACAAAAGUUCUUUUACAAUAUGGCAUUCCAACAAACAUGGUCACACUUACUACAGAAGAUGCGCCCAUACAUAUUGCAGUUUCACAUUUUUAUUUAGAUAUCGUAGAAGAAUUACUCAAUGCUAAGGAUGCAAAUUUACAAUUAAAUUUGAAAAACAAAGCGAAAGAAACGCCUUUAAGUUUGGCGAUAAAAGCACCAUUUAAAAAAGGCAAAGAUAUUGUUUUGGCUUUGAUAAAAGCUGGAGCCAAUGUAAAUCAAUGCAACGAAGAAGGACUAACGUUGCUACAUCAAUCUAUAUUAAAAGAAGAUUCGGCAACGGCCAUUUUUUUGUUAGAAAAUGGUGCAGAAAUGAAUGCAAAGACAGCUAAUGGAGAGACACCAUUGCAACUUAGCGUGCACUGUAGACUUAGCGAGGUGGUAGAAGCUCUUUGUAGACGAGGGGUAGAUACUUCGGUAGGAUGCCCAUUAUGGGAUGCAUUGGAUUCGGAUCAAGAAGAUACCGCUUCUAUUUUAGUUAAACACGGAGCAGAUGCUGAUUGCUGGGGUCCUGGUCCAGAUGGAUGUUUACAAACUUUAUUACACAGAGCAAUCGAUGAAAAUAAAGAAGACAUUGCACAAUUUCUCAUAAGAAGUGGAUGCGAUUUAAACGCUCCCAGACGUCCAGGACCAAAUGGCACCGGAGGUGACGAAUCAAAAGAUGAAUGUACUCCGUUACAUUUAUGUUGUCAAUGGGGUCUUGAACAAGUUGUUCAAACUCUUAUCGAGCAUGGAGCAGAUGUUAAUGCUCGUGACGCGGAAGGAAAAACUCCUGUUCAUGUAGCAAUACAAAAUCAACAUUCACAAAUAAUAUCAUUGUUAUUAUGUCAUCCUAAUAUAGAUUUAAAUAAGAGAGACAAAAAAGGAUUAACGCCAUUCGCGGCAGCUUUAACCGUUCGUAACAAUAAAGCGGCUCAAGCGAUACUGGAAAGGUUACCCAAAGCUGCAGAACAAUACGACAAUAAGGGAAGAAACUUUUUGCACACUGCUAUACAAAAAGGAGACAUGGAGAGCAUUUUGUUUCUACUUUCUAUACAGGUAGAUGUAAAUUCUAGAGUACAUGAUGUUACGCAAACACCCCCUUUACAUCUCGCUGCCAUAUCUGGAAAUGAAAUGUUGGUACGAAGUUUGAUUUUAGCCGAAGCACGCGUCAACGAUACAGAUGCGAAUAGAAAUACUGCAUUACACGCUGCAGCGAAAGCUGGCCACGCUACAGUCGUGUCUGCGUUGUUGCAUAACAAUAUUAAUUUUGAUGCAGUAAAUGCGGAUGGCGAUAACGCAUUACACGUAGCAGUAAGAGAAGGUCACGUAUCUGUCGUAAGAACGUUAUUAACAGAAUGUACUUUAGACGCAGAAGCAGUAAAUCUGAAAGGCAGAAAUCCUCUACAUGAAUUAGCCAGAUGCGGAAGAGAUAAUGCUGCAACUAUAUGCGAACUCUUUUUAGAAUGCAUGUCGCAAUAUCCGGUGAACAAUGCUGACUUAGAUGGUAAUACCCCAUUGUUAAUAGCCUAUAUGAAAGGUAAUGGUAACUUGUGUCGGACACUGGUACGUUCUGGGGCUUGUCUCGGUUCAAUGAAUAAGGAUGGUAUAACAAUUUUUAAUUAUCAAGUUGCGACUAAGCAAUUGUUAUACAGAUUAUUGGAUUCUUUAACGCAAGAAGCACCUUGGGCAGACAAAGAUCUAUGUUUAGAGUGUGGCACAAAGUUCUCUAUAACCAUGCGUAAACAUCAUUGUCGGCACUGUGGAAGAAUCUUAUGCAGUAAAUGUUCAGGUCAAGAUGUUCCCAUUUUAAAAUUUGGAUAUAACAAGCCAGUACGCGUAUGCGGUGUAUGCUUUGAGGUAUUGCAAAUAGGAGCAGAUUGGUAAGGAUCAUAAUAAAUCAAAAUUAUCAUGCAAACGAACAAAGUGUCAUUACAUCUGCCUUUUAAAGUACAGAUGUUAUUCAAACUAAAAGUCUGUGUAAUUCUAUGUCAUUAAUAAUAUAUACUUUUUAUUGUACUACUUUAUUAAUAGAAAAACAAUUUGUUAAAAACUAUUUCCAAAUUAUAAAUACAAACAAGAAAAAUAAUGAUUCAUUAUGCAUACAUCAUCCUAUAUAUAGAGAUCGUGCGGAGUACAUGGUAGGGGGACAACGAAAUCGAUCGCAGCGCACGCCGUGGCAGAAAUGUUAAAUUUAUCGGGACGAUUUUAUCAUCAAAUACAUUAAAUUUUGUAUAAUUAUUAAUAUAAUACUUAA